GGAGAUGAAGGGGUGGGUCUAUGGUACAUCACCUGAGUUGUGGGGUAAAUGUAGAGAGUGUCAAUCAAAGGCAGAGCUCUCAGAGCUGGGAAGGAGGCUCUAGAUGGCGGCUGUGCCUUAGAGAGAGCGCGCUCUGCUCCCUGCCUUCGCCUCACUUUACGCAACUUUCCCUAACUUUCGGGCAGCCUCAGGGGGCCCCCGCAGCCCCCUACCUCUCCUAGUGACUUACUAGGGUCGAUUCGGACCUUUUUUAGGGAGAAAAGCAGCUUUUAGGAGCUUUCUUUUCGUGCCUUGUUGGGAAGAAGCAGCCGUACUGAGAGCCAGGUCGUUGUUUUUUCCAGCUUAGAAGCCAUGGCGCACCUCCAUUUUUGUGCGCUCGCCUAAUGAGGUUUUUUUCCUUCCGUACUCGUUUUGGUAUUAAUUAUUGCUUUAUUUUUUUGGCCAGUUAACAUAUUUGAAGAUUAUUUUAUUUAUUUUUCGUUUUUUAACGGAGAAUUUCACCUUUAUUUUUAAUUAUUUGGGAUCUGUAUUUUUCUACUACUAGAUAGGACUCUUGCUUUGGACAUACUACAUGGAUCAGUAAAUACCUGGGCACAGGACUUCAAAGCAAACAGAUUCCCCCUCCCCCUUACUAUUUAAGAAUUAAAAGAUGAUGAGAAGUAAGGACAAAAGCCAAGAGGAGGACAGUUCGCUACACAGCAAUGCAUCGAGUCACUCAGCCUCUGAAGAAGCCUCAGGCUCAGACUCCGGCAGCCAGUCGGAGAGCGAGCAGGGCAGCGACCCAGGAAGUGGACAUGGCAGCGAGUCCAACAGCAGCUCCGAGUCUUCCGAGAGUCCGUCGGAGUCCGAGAGCGAGUCCGUGGGCUCCAAGUCCCAGCCGGUCCUUCCAGAAGCCAAAGAGAAGCCCGCCUCCAAGAAGGAGCGGAUAGCUGAUGUGAAGAAGAUGUGGGAAGAAUAUCCUGAUGUUUAUGGGGUCAGACGGUCAAACCGAAGCAGACAAGAACCAUCACGCUUUAAUGUUAAGGAAGAGGCAAGCAGCGGGUCUGAGAGUGGGAGCCCCAAAAGAAGAGGCCAGAGGCAGCUGAAGAAACAAGAAAGAUGGAAACGGGAGCCCUCAGAAGAUGAACGGGAGCAAGGCACCAGUGCAGAGAGCGAAGCAGAGCAAAAGAGAGUGAAAGCCAGAAGGCCUGUGCCCAGGAGAACAGUGCCCAAACCUCGAGUUAAAAAGCAAACUAAGACUCAGCGGGGAAAGAGAAAAAAGCAAGAUUCUUCUGAUGAUGAAGAUGAGGAUGAUGAAGCUCCCAAAAGGCAGACUCGUCGAAGAGCGGCUAAAAACGUUAGUUAUAAAGAAGAUGACGACUUUGAGACCGACUCAGACGAUCUCAUUGAAAUGACUGGAGAAGGAGUUGAUGAACAGCAAGAUAACAGCGAAACCAUUGAGAAGGUCUUAGACUCCAGACUGGGAAGGAAAGGAGCCACUGGAGCAUCAACUACUGUGUAUGCUGUUGAAGCGAAUGGAGACCCUGGCGGUGACUUUGAUCCUGAAAAGGAUGAAGGCGAAGCCCAGUACCUCAUCAAGUGGAAGGGUUGGUCUUACAUCCACAGCACCUGGGAGAGUGAAGAAUCCUUGCAGCAACAGAGAGUGAAGGGCCUAAAAAAACUAGAGAACUUCAAAAAGAAAGAGGACGAGAUCAAACAGUGGUUAGGGAAAGUUUCUCCCGAAGAUGUGGAAUAUUUCAAUUGUCAGCAGGAGCUGGCAUCAGAGUUGAAUAAACAGUAUCAAGUAGUGGAAAGAGUAAUCGCUGUGAAGACAAGUAAAUCUACAUUGGGUCAAACUGAUUUUCCAGCUCAUAGUCGCAAGCCGGCACCUUCAAAUGAACCUGAGUAUCUAUGCAAGUGGAUGGGACUGCCCUAUUCAGAGUGCAGCUGGGAAGACGAAGCCUUGAUUGGAAAGAAGUUCCAGAGCUGCAUUGACAGCUUUCACAGUCGGAACAACUCAAAAACCAUCCCGACGAGAGAAUGCAAGGCCUUGAAGCAGAGACCUCGAUUUGUGGCUUUGAAAAAGCAGCCUGCGUAUCUGGGAGGGGACAGUCUGGAGCUGCGGGAUUACCAGCUGGAAGGGCUCAACUGGCUGGCGCAUUCCUGGUGCAAAAGUAACAGUGUCAUCCUUGCUGAUGAAAUGGGCCUGGGAAAGACCAUCCAGACCAUAUCAUUCCUCUCCUACCUGUUCCACCAACACCAGCUGUAUGGCCCCUUUCUUAUAGUCGUCCCUUUAUCCACCCUCACCUCAUGGCAGAGAGAGUUUGAAAUCUGGGCACCAGAGAUUAACGUAGUGGUUUACAUAGGUGACCUGAUGAGCAGAAAUACGAUACGUGAAUAUGAGUGGAUUCAUUCCCAGUCUAAAAGGCUGAAGUUCAACGCACUCAUAACAACAUACGAGAUCCUCUUAAAAGAUAAGACUGUGCUGGGCAGUAUUAACUGGGCCUUUCUGGGAGUGGAUGAAGCCCAUCGGUUGAAGAAUGAUGACUCUUUGUUGUAUAAAACUCUGAUUGAUUUCAAGUCCAACCAUAGGCUCCUGAUUACGGGGACCCCUCUUCAGAAUUCUCUCAAAGAGCUCUGGUCCUUGCUGCACUUUAUUAUGCCGGAGAAGUUUGAGUUCUGGGAAGAUUUUGAGGACGAGCACGGCAAAGGGAGAGAGAAUGGCUACCAGAGUCUUCACAAGGUGCUGGAGCCGUUCCUUCUGCGCAGAGUCAAGAAGGACGUGGAGAAGUCCCUGCCUGCCAAGGUGGAGCAGAUCCUGCGGGUGGAGAUGUCGGCCCUGCAGAAGCAGUACUACAAAUGGAUUCUGACCAGAAAUUACAAGGCUCUGGCCAAAGGGACGAGAGGCAGCACGUCCGGCUUCCUUAACAUUGUGAUGGAGCUGAAGAAGUGCUGCAACCACUGUCACCUGAUCAAGCCCCCCGAGGAGAGCGAACGGGAGAACGGCCAGGAGGUUCUGCUGUCCCUGAUCAGGAGCAGCGGGAAGCUGAUUCUGUUGGACAAGCUGUUGACAAGACUUCGGGAGAGGGGGAACAGAGUGCUUAUCUUCUCUCAGAUGGUGAGAAUGCUGGAUAUCCUGGCCGAGUACCUGACCAUCAAACACUAUCCUUUCCAGCGUCUGGAUGGUUCCAUCAAGGGAGAAAUACGGAAGCAGGCGCUGGACCACUUCAAUGCAGAUGGCUCUGAGGACUUCUGCUUCCUGCUGUCCACAAGGGCUGGCGGCUUGGGAAUCAAUUUGGCGUCUGCGGACACUGUCGUCAUCUUCGACUCCGACUGGAACCCCCAGAACGACUUGCAGGCGCAAGCCCGGGCCCAUAGGAUUGGUCAGAAGAAGCAGGUAAAUAUUUACCGGUUAGUCACAAAGGGGACUGUGGAGGAAGAGAUCAUAGAACGGGCCAAAAAGAAGAUGGUAUUGGACCACCUGGUGAUUCAGCGCAUGGACACCACUGGCCGGACCGUCCUGGAGAACAACUCAGGGAGGUCCAACUCAAAUCCUUUCAACAAAGAAGAGCUGACAGCCAUUUUGAAAUUUGGAGCAGAGGAUCUCUUCAAAGAGCUGGAAGGGGAGGAGUCGGAGCCGCAGGAAAUGGAUAUAGAUGAAAUUUUACGCUUGGCCGAAACCAGAGAGAACGAAGUGUCGACGAGCGCGACAGAUGAGCUUCUGUCCCAGUUUAAGGUCGCCAACUUCGCGACGAUGGAGGAUGAAGAAGAGCUGGAGGAGCGUCCUCACAAGGACUGGGAUGAGAUCAUUCCCGAGGAGCAGAGGAGGAAGGUGGAGGAGGAGGAGCGGCAGAAGGAGCUGGAGGAGAUUUACAUGCUGCCGCGCAUUCGGAGCUCCACCAAGAAGGCUCAGACGAACGACAGUGACUCCGAUACGGAGUCUAAGAGGCAGGCCCAGAGGUCCUCUGCUUCAGAGAGCGAGACGGACGACUCUGAUGACGACAAGAAGCCCAAGCGCAGAGGGCGCCCCCGGAGUGUGCGCAAGGACCUCGUGGAAGGGUUCACGGACGCUGAGAUCCGAAGGUUCAUCAAGGCUUACAAGAAGUUUGGUCUCCCUCUUGAAAGGCUGGAGUGCAUAGCGCGGGACGCUGAGCUGGUGGACAAGUCGGUGGCAGAUCUGAAACGCCUGGGCGAGCUGAUUCACAACAGCUGUGUGUCCGCGAUGCAGGAGUACGAAGAACAGCUGAAGGAGAGCACCGGCGAGGGGAAAGGACCUGGGAAAAGGAGAGGCCCAACAAUCAAGAUAUCUGGAGUUCAGGUUAAUGUGAAAUCCAUUAUCCAGCAUGAAGAAGAAUUUGAAAUGCUGCACAAAUCUAUCCCGGUGGACCCUGAAGAAAAAAAAAAGUACUGCUUGACCUGCCGUGUCAAAGCUGCGCACUUUGAUGUAGAGUGGGGCGUAGAGGAUGAUUCUCGACUGCUGCUGGGGAUUUAUGAACAUGGCUAUGGAAACUGGGAGCUAAUUAAAACAGAUCCAGAGCUUAAACUAACUGACAAAAUCCUGCCCGUGGAGACAGAUAAAAAGCCCCAGGGCAAGCAGCUGCAGACCCGAGCGGACUACUUGCUGAAGCUGCUCCGGAAGGGUCUGGAGAAGAAGGGGGCCGUGACAGCUGGGGAGGAGGCCAAAUUAAAGAAGCGCAAGCCUCGAAUGAAAAAGGAAAACAAGGCGCCGCGGCCCAAGGACGAGCACGGGGCGGAGUUUCCAUCCCCCAGGCACUCGGACAACCCUUCGGAAGAGGGAGAAGUGAAGGAUGAUGGCUUAGAAAAAAGUCCAAUGAAGAAAAAACAGAAGAAGAAGGAGAACAAGGAGAACAAGGAGAAACAAGUGAGUUCCAGGAAAGACAAAGAAGGGGACAAGGAAAGGAAGAAGUCCAAAGAGAAGAAAGAGAAGCCCAAAGGUGGUGAUGCCAAAUCUUCGAGUAAAUCCAAGCGAUCUCAGGGUCCUGUCCAUAUUACAGCAGGAAGCGAGCCCGUCCCCAUUGGAGAGGAAGAGGAAGACGAUCUGGACCAGGAGACAUUCAGCAUAUGUAAGGAGAGGAUGAGGCCCGUGAAGAAGGCGCUGAAACAGCUGGACAAACCGGACAAGGGCCUGAGCGUGCAGGAGCAGCUGGAGCACACCCGGAACUGCCUGCUGAAGAUCGGAGACCGCAUCACCGAGUGCCUGCGUGCCUACUCGGACCAGGAGCACGUCAAGCUCUGGAGGAGGAAUCUAUGGAUUUUUGUUUCCAAGUUUACAGAAUUUGAUGCCCGAAAACUACAUAAGUUAUACAAGAUGGCUCACAAGAAAAGGUCUCAAGAGGAGGAGGAGCAGAAGAAGAAAGAGGACGUGAUCGGUGGUAAGAAGCCGUUUCGCCCAGAGGCCUCGAGCUCCAGCCGGGAUUCUCUGCUCUCUCAGUCCCACACCUCUCACAGCCUUCACCCGCAGAAGCCUCAUUUGCCUGCCUCCCAUGGCCCACAGAUGCAUGGACACCCGAGAGACAACUACAGUCACCCCAACAAGAGGCACUUUAGUAACGCAGAUCGAGGAGACUGGCCGAGGGACAGGAAGUUCAGCUACAGUGGCGGCGGCGGCAACCCACCGUGGGGCGGUGACAGGCACCAUCAGUAUGAGCAGCACUGGUACAAGGACCACCACUAUGGGGACCGGCGACACAUGGAUGCCCACCGUUCUGGAAGCUAUCGGCCCAACAACCUGUCCCGGAAGAGACCUUACGAUCAGUACGGCAGCGACCGGGACCACCGGGGGCACCGAGAUUAUUACGACAGGCACCAUCACGAGUGUAAGCGGAGGAGAGCCGAUGACUUCAGGCCUCAGAGCUACCACCAGCAGGACUUCCGGCGGAUGUCCGACCACCGCCCCGCCAUGGGCUACCACGGCCAAGGACCCUCCGACCACUACCGCGCUUUCCACACAGACAAGCUGGGGGACUACAAACAGCCCCUGCCCCCACUGCACCCUGCCGUCUCAGCGCCCCGCUCACCUCCUUCUCAGAAGUCGCCUCACGACCCCAAGUCCCCCCUGGGCCAUCGGUCUCCUCUGGACAGGUCACUAGAACAGAAAAACAACCCAGAUUAUAGUUGGAAUGUUCGGAAAACAUAAAGGACGGCUUGAGGGGGCGAGCAGGAGCCAGCGCGCACGAGGCUGUUUUGGUCUGGGCCCCAGCGGCCAGCUCGGAGCCCUGCAAGCGCAGGCUGGGGACACGCGGCUGCCGUCCUCUCUCCGGCCACAGGAGCACUUCACGGAGAGCGGGGCCUCGCUCUCAGGCCAGCUCUCCCGCACCUCGGCUCGCCCUCCGUGCCGGCCUGCUCCGGCCUCCCUGACGGGCGCUGCGGGGAGGAGGUGACUGUGUGCCCGCGUCUCUGGACCUGCUGCCCCCCGGAAGGAACGGGGGCUCCGGGGGUUUCACUGCCAGGCCCGAGCUCCCGGGCCUUGGUGUGUGGGGGCUGGGGGCCUGAGGGCUGGCGUGGGGGCUGGUUCACUGUGACAUGACAGGUGCUGCUGAAGGGGCGAGGUCUCGCGGUGGAGGACUUGAAGGGGACGUCCUGCCUCAUGGUGGAGACCUGGGGGCGGGGCCUCUCCCUGCCAACACUAAUUUUCAUGCUGUUUUUGUGCAUUUCAAAGGUUUGCUCUCCUGAAGGGGACUGCUUUCCCCCAUGCCAGGGAAAGUGGGGCCCCCCGGCUGACUUUUGAGUCCUGUGAUUUAGCCACACCGAAGUCAGCGUGGGCUGGUCUUACUGACUGUGGAGUGGGCUGAGGGGGUGGGGGGUGGGGGUCGUGU